CGUCCGGCCGGAGGAGGCCGCCACCUGCGCCCGGGAGGCUGGCCGCGACUCGCCCCGUUGCUCGCUAGGAGGGGCUCUGGUGGGCCCGGGCGGGGGUUCCCGGAGCGUCGCGUCGGACUUGGCCGUCAUUCGGGGCUUGUGCAGCCAUGCGGCGGGCGGGGCGAGGCGGCGGCCGCUUCCCUCUGCCCCCGUCGUCCGGGCGAGGCACCGACUAGAGCCGCAGUUCCCUGGCUGGAAACGCGGCCCGACGCCUCGACGGCCUUCCCCGCCAGCCCCUGGAGCCAGGCGGCGUCUUGGCCACCGCUCGCCCGCCGAGCCUGGGCGCCUUUGCGGCCGUCCGGAGCGGAGGAGCGCAGCCGGGAGGCCACCAUUGAUUUCCUGCUGGCCCCGGCCGGGGCCGUCGCGGGCAUGGCCAAGCCGGUGGAACACGUCAAGCGGCCGAUGAACGCCUUCAUGGUGUGGUCGCGGGCGCAGCGGCGCAAGAUGGCCCAGGAGAACCCCAAGAUGCACAACUCCGAGAUCUCCAAGCGGCUGGGCGCGGAGUGGAAGCUGCUGUCGGAGGCGGAGAAGCGGCCCUUCAUCGACGAGGCCAAGCGGCUGCGCGCCAUGCACAUGAAGGAGCACCCGGACUACAAGUACCGCCCGCGCCGCAAGCCCAAGACCCUGCUCAAGAAGGACAAGUUCGCCUUCCCCGUCGGGCCCUACGGCCUCCCGGACCCUGGAGACCCCCACGGACAUCACCUGAGCGCCCACCACGCCGCCGCCCUCAAGGCCGGCGCCCUCCACGCUGCCCCCGAAGCCCUGCUGGCCAACCCGGAGAAGGCCGCGGCCGCAGCAGCCGCCGCCGCCGCCCGCGUCUUCUUUCCACCGUCGAUGACGGCGGGCGGCCCCUACUCACUGCUGGACCUGGGCUCCAAGAUGGCAGCGGAACUCUCCUCGGGCGGCGGAGGGGGCGGCGGCGGCGGCGGGGGGAGCGGCUCGCCCGCAGGCCUGCCCUACGCCGCCUCCUCGCUGGCUUACCCGACGGCCGGAGGCGCCUUCCACGCGGCUGCCGCUGCAGCUGCCGCGGCCGCAGCGGCGGCGGGCGGGGGCCACACUCACUCGCACCCCUCGCCCGGCAACCCUGGCUAUAUGAUCCCGUGCAACUGCAGCGCCUGGCCUAGUCCGGGUCUCCAGCCCCCGCUGGCCUACAUCCUCCUGCCGGGCAUGGGCAAGCCCCAGCUGGACCCCUACCCCGCGGCCUACGCGGCGGCCCUAUGACCUCCCGCACCGCCCCUGGGACCCCUCCGGCGGGGCUCCGGGGGCAGCGGCCGCUUCCCGCCGCUAGGACUUUAGCCGCCACCGGCUCCCGGGCCGGCGGGGCGGAUCUGCGCGGCCCUCCGGCGGAGCAGAACGUCUGAAGAGCCCAUCCCAGCGCUGCUACCUGUUGCCUGGGUCUCCUGCGCGCCCUGGGGGCCGGUGCUGGGGGAGGGAAGACUCUCUCCUCUGUCGGGGGGCUGCGGCAAGAGAGACACGAAAGCAGCAGCAUGCCGUCCAUCCGCGGUUCCAAACAGACCCGGGGGACACCCCCCCCGCCGUGGCGCUUUCUGAAUUCCUUGGGAUUGCCUGGCUGCCCCCCCCCCUUCUAUUGCCCCGAUCUGCAGCCUUUCUAGACCGCCCUCCCCCCAAGCUCUGUUCCUGGCACAGCGAUAGCUCCAAGCAGCAAGCCGGCCUGGGGUCUCCAGUCGCGUUUCUCGAAAGGAAUCAUCCGCUGGGCCCCGACGGGAAGGCGGUCUCUGGACUGGCGCCGUCGGAGGAGGAACGACCGAGACACAGGAAAGCACAACAAAACCGAGGGGGGGGGGGAUUCUGGCCCAGCUGCUCCCAGACCCAGAGAAAUCCCGAGAAGGCUCUUCCGUCGGAAGCGAAGAGCAAACGGCCGCCUGCUGGUUUCUCUCGCCUAAAGCUUGUAAAUGUGUCUGUACAGUCCCAGCCUGGGAACUUUAGGUGUCAGAUCGCUUGGCUGUAUAUUUGCAUCCUCCGCCCGCCCUGCCUUGGAAUCGGAUCUCGCUGUAAUCCAUGGGGACCGACUUCCAAGCACCCGCGUGUUGGGACGGGGGUCGUGGGGAGGUUGGAGUAAUCACGCGUUUAGUUGGUGUUGCUUUUUUUUGUUUGUUAAAGAGUCACUUCUGCAAAUUAAAAAAAACCCAAAACCAAACGCCGGUCCCUUCGCAGAUCGCCAUUUGGUUGAGAGAUUGGUUUAAUUUUUUAAUUCAGACUUCUUGUCUGAAAGAUAAUUAUCUAUUUAUUCGGAGGGAGGUGUGCCCUAAACCUCUGCCUUCCCCACUCCCAGCGACGCCUACAGAGUUAAGACUCAGUUUGCAAGUGGGGGGGGCUUCAAAAAGCCCCCAUUUCAGCUGCAGAUUUGUGAAGGGGGGGCGAUGCUCGUGUGAAAGAAACGAGCAACUUGCGUCGACGUUUGUCAUCUGUAUAUUGGAUUAAUGUUUGUGGAACACGUUGCCUAACCUGUAUUUAGUUUUAAUUUUUCUUUCUUUCUGUAAUAUAAGAUUUUGGAGAGGGGAAAAAAAUGGUUUUUAAGUAUUGGUUUUAACAUUUGCCGUGUGCAACCGAGUUUGCUGGUGUGCUCUAAUUUAAAAAAGAAGAAGAAAAAUUAGACGUCUAAGCUAUAUCUGUACAUUUUAGAAGCCGAGACUGACGACUCUGUUCAUUUUGGAACAAAGAGUUUAAAUAAAAAGCCUGAAGCAGGGGGAGGAAAAAAAA